UGCUCUGUUUAGUUUUCUCCAACCUGAAGAGCUCUGGCUGCCUAGCUUCGCAUCGCUGACUGUUGUUGUGAAGCUUCGAGAGAAACGAGACCAUUCCCCCCCCCCCAGCUGGAAUAUAAAGGAGUUAACAACAGACGUUAAUGUGACAGAAAGCCACGCUUGAAGAAGUCUGGAACCGCAGUGGAAACCGACUGUUUGGGUGAAGAAUAGCUAAACUGUUCGCUGAAAAUACCCCCCAGCAGCAGGAGCAGCAGCAGAGGGGCAAGAAUAGCCCUCACGGAUCCCACAUCACAGCACAGCCACUGCGGCAACCCUGUUCUCUGACUCUGGCGACUACAAACGCUUCAACCACUUUUGGGUUUUCUUGUGUGACUAUUUAGGUGGGAAAAAAAAAAUCUUCGGUGAAAACCCAGUUGCUAGAGGAACUACCCGCUUUUAGUAUAGAGAUUUGUUAACGCAUUAAAAUGGCUGCUGAGACGGUAUUUGCGAGAGAAUGGUUCUAAUUCAACGUAUCAAACUGCAAAUGAGCUACGCAGGCUAACAAACCGUAUUAGUUUGGCCUAUGAGAAUAUUCAGCCAACAGCAGCUUUUGAUUUAACGUUUAUUGUUUCUUUAAAUAGCCGCUUCCAAGGCAGAAGUGGUGACGGGAAUUCCUCUCAAUCCGAGUCCAUGCAUGCGGUUAACCGAGCAGCUUUAAUAGACACACAUUGCAAUUAUUUUAGGCCUUUUUAAGUCUUAAUCGAGUGUGCCCACCACUCAGCGAACAUGCAGGACUUCUUUGUUAUAGUUGAAGCGUCCUGAGAAGUCGAGGCUUUCUCUCUGAGAAGGCCCCGCUUGGUCGACCUGGAGGGGAGGAAGAAAGAAGAGGAACCAUGGAGAUUGGAGGAAGAUGUAAGACUCUACUUUUUCUAUUCGGGCCGAAGCUAGUUUCGAGGAGCCAUCCGAGGGGAAUCCACAAAUAUCUGGUGGUGUAUGCGUUGUUUUCCUUCGUGCUGUUAACGCACGCCUCCCCGGCGAAAUCCUGUGACAAGAGCUGUAACUCGGGGAAAUGCAUCAACGGAUCCUGCGUCUGCGAGCGAGGAUGGGUCGGAGAUCGAUGCCAGCACUGCCAGGGGAGGUUCAAAUUGACAGAACCUUCAGGCUACCUCACCGACGGGCCCUUCAACUACAAGUUCAAAACRAAGUGCACCUGGCUCAUUGAGGCCUACCCUAAUGCGGUUCUGCGGUUAAGAUUCAACCACUUUGCMACAGAGUGCAGCUGGGACCACAUGUACGUCUAUGACGGGGACUCUGUUUAUGCUCCUCUGGUUGCUGUUUUCAGUGGCCUGAUCGUACCAGAGACACGAGGCAACGAGACGGUUCCUGAAGUUGAGACGACUUCAGGCUACGCACUGCUUCACUUUUUCAGCGACGCUGCCUACAAUCUGACAGGAUUUAACAUACUCUACUCGAUAAACUCUUGUCCCAAUAACUGCUCCGGUCAUGGGAAGUGCACGCCGGGGAACUCGGUCGCCAGCAGAGUGUACUGUGAAUGUGACAAGUACUGGAAGGGCGAGGCGUGCGACAUCCCCUACUGCAGGAACAACUGCGGGAGCCCCGACCACGGCUACUGCGACCUCACCGGCGAGAAGCUGUGUGUCUGCAACGACAGCUGGCAAGGCCCAGAUUGCUCGCUGACUGUACCUUCAACCGAGUCCUUCUGGAUCCUCCCAAGCGUCAAGCCCUUUGGCACCUCCCUCGCCAGGGCUUCCCAUAAGGCCGUGGUGCAGGAGAAGGUCAUGUGGGUGGUGGGUGGAUACACAUUCAACUACAGCUCAUUCCAGAUGAUUCUCAACUACAAUCUGGAGAGCGGCGUUUGGAACACGGUGCCCAUCACCGGUGGCCCUGUGCCACGAUACGGACACUCACUUGCUGCCUUCCAGGACGACCUCUACAUGUUUGGUGGGAAGCUUGAAGCCAGCUGGGGCAACGUGACGGACGAGCUGUGGGUGUUCAACAUGCCAGGUCGGACGUGGCAACGCAGAAGCCCCGUCGUCGGCUCGCCGGCCCAGGCUCAGGUUUACGCUGUGGAGGGCCACACGGCCCACUGCGUGCAGCUGAGCAGUGGCGAGGCCAUCAUGCUGGUCAUCUUUGGUUACUCCCCCAUCUACAGCUACAUCAGCAACGUACAGGAGUACAACCUGAGUGAGUCCCAGCUCCGCUGA